UCAUCUCUUCUUCAACUAUUCUUUUCUUUACAUCUUCAAUCAUACCCAAUCAAAUACAUAGUUUAUCAAGAAAAAAAGAAAUUUAUUUAGCACCAUUAUGUGAUGAAGAUGAAGAUUUAACUCGUUUUUGUGUCAUAAUGGACAGUUCAAGCAUUUUUAUAGAAUUUGGUAGUACUCAAAGGGAAGAUGUAGAAGGUGAUCACGAUGAUGGUGAUGGUGAUGGUGAUGGUGAUGGUGAUGAUGAUGACUCACUUUGGGUUCCUGCAAUUGGGAUGUGUUUUUCUUGUCUAGAGGAAGUUAAAACAUAUUAUCAAGAGUAUGCUUUAAAAAAGGGGUUUAGGUGGAGGAUUAGAUCAUCGAAAAAAGGAGAUGACAGAGAGCUCAACUACCUAAUAGUUUCAUAUUCAAGAGAGGGGUCUAACAUUUCAAAAAUUGCAUGCACGUUAAAGACACUACGAUCUAUAGCAGAAAAUUUUCUUGCCAAGAUUUGUAUUAAAUUGAAAUAAGAUGGUUUGUGGUACAUUACACAAUUUGAAUCUAACCAUUUUCAUGAGACUAGCCCUACAAAAUCAAGAUUGUUCAAGGCUAACAAGAAAAUGAACUUACAUGUGAGGAGAACAAUUCAAAUAAAUGAUGUUGCGGGAGUAAAGAUCAACAAGACUUUUCAAUCGCUUGUUAAAGAUGCAGGAGGACAUGAAAAUAUUACCUUUUGUGAAAAGAAUGUGAGGAAUUAUAUUA